AUGGAAAAAAAUGCAGAGGAAGUACCUAGUCAUCAAGCGAAAAAGAGAAAAUCUAUGGAGGGGGCAAAUGAUCGCCGAGAAAAGAAAAAGAAAAGGUAUUCAUCAAACAGUUUACCUCAAAGAUAUCCUUGCAGACAUAAUGGUAUGUCUUAUAAGUGUGUUAAUAUAAGUAUGCAAGAUGUGAAAAUCUUCAAUGAACAGUUUUAUAAGAAUCCAGAUAAACAGUAUCAAGACGAUUUAAUCAUAAAAUAUUGCAAAGCUACGAAGCCUUCACGAAAAAGACUAGUAAAUGGAAGAGGAAACUCUAAAUCAAUGAGCAUUGUGUACAAUAUACGAAAAGUUGAUGGAGAGAUAGUACCUGUGUGCCGCAUUUUUUUUUUGAGGUCUUUGGUUCUUAAUAAAGGAAGAGUAAGAGGUGUUUUAAAGGGACAUAUGGAUACUGGCUUCAUGGCUAUAGAAAAACGUGGUGGCGAUAGAAAAUCAUUCAAGAAUAUUGGGCAUUCUUUUAUACCCCCUGAUCGGGUAUUUGGUGUUGCCGAAAAAGCAAUAAAAAAGACAAAUACACUAGUACAACCAGAGGAGUAUAUCAACAUAUUCAAAAGGCAGGCUACUGUUUUUCUUCUGAAUGAUAUUAAAGUGUGUGACUGGAAAAAUGCAACCCAUGAAGUCCAGAAAGGAACGCAGGCAUUGCAUUUCAAAAUAAUGAGUUGCAAAAGAUUCAUUUUUACUAGAAUGAAAGGAGACAGGCGAGGAGUAAUCCUGAGAGGAGAAAUCUAUUAUCACAACGAUACCUGUGCCCGCCGUUCCAUCACGAAGCCAGGCAAAUUUGCUUCUGACAUAUGUCCAGUGCCUAUAACGCCUAUAAGUUCUGUCAAGAUAAAAAAACCUAAAUUGAGUGACGUCGAGAAGUUGCUAACCAAACAUUAUGGAAGAGAGUGGGCAGAACGCGAAGAGCUAAGCUAUUAUAAAGCGGUCAUAGAACGGUACAGAAAUAAAACAGUUGAUGAAGAAGAAAUAGAAGACGAAGUUAUUGAAGAUGGUCACAUUUUAUGUGAAGAAUAUGUUGAGGAUGCAUCAUUUAAUAAUUUAAUAUAA